AUGAAUGACGAUAAGUUAUCCAUGAUUGUUUUCUUGGUUAUUUUCUUUUAUUCAACUCAAUUUACAAAUGGAAUCGACGAGCCAGUGUUAUCAACAACAACAACGAUUCCUCCGACAGCAGGAGCACUGUUUCUUAAUUCGCUACCGAUUGACAAACUUUUAAAUCAACAAUAUGAUAAUCGUCAAAUGACAUCAACCCGAACGAAUCCAAUUCGUCCAUGGAGAAAGUCAAAUUCGAUUGAAAUCUUAAAGAAAAUGAUCGCCAAUCGACAACGUUUAGCAAAUAUUACCCGAACAUCGACAACCACGACUAGUAGUACAACAACUGUGAUGAAUACGGAGCCGAUUACGAUAAACACAACCACUGCCACAUCGAUUCUCAUGUCGACAACAAUGAUGACGAUCACAGAAGCAAUACCAACAACAUUUUCAUUGUCUAAUUCCACGAUUGUUGGUCGAUUAAAGUCUAAAAUGAAUCCGACAGAAUCGUCUAUCACACAUUCAAUUACAGAAGAAGAAACGACUGCUAUGAUCGAGUUGAAUCCGCCGACGACAACAUCACAAUUAGAUUUCUUAUUAUAUUCGACGUCAACAUUGAAAAUGAACACGUCAUCCAACGCAACAUUACUUGCUGUCAUUCUCGUUUGUAGUUUUACUGGUUUACUUUUCGUCACAUUACUUCUCACAUUCCUACUCAGACGACGUAUAAGUAUUGCCUAUUUCAAAUUACCUUGUAUACAUUCGUCAUCGGCCACCAAAGAUUCACGUGACAGUACACCAUUAUCCCACUCACCGAUUCAUGCUAACAUGUCAUCUCAUGGUUCGAAUCGAACUCGACGACAAAGAUUAUAUUCCAUUUCGACACGGAGACAUCAUUCAUUGUCGAAUAUGAAACAUCAACAACAUUUUCGUGAUAACCUAUCAACAACAUCAACUAAUCUCUCUACAGUUUCACUCUCGACUAAUAAUUGUCAUAGCAAAUUUAUCGUCCCCGAUGAAUUUCCAGUGGAACAGUUGUAUGAUAUCUAUAUGCAGCGACAUGCCUUGGAUGAUUUAGCGUUUGCUAUUGAAUUUAAAAGUAUUCCAAAUUUCGAAGAAUUGCCAUGUACGGCUGCAACUCGAACAAUCGUAGCAUCGAAAAAUCGUUUCCUCAACAUCUUACCCAUUGAUACCACACGAGUCAUUCUCAAACUAUUGAAUGACGAUCCAGCUACUGAUUACAUCAAUGGAAAUUAUAUUUCAGGUUAUAACUGUCCGAAUAAGUUCAUUGCGACUCAAGGUCCAAAAUCGGAUACAUGCGAAGAUCUGUGGCGCAUGAUGUGGGAAUUGAAAUUAAAAUCGAUUGUUAUGUUAACAAAUGUCAUCGAAGGAGCAUCACGAAUGACUAAGUGCCAUCAAUACUGGCCAGAACUUGGUCAAACAGUAACGUAUGGUUCAUAUCGUAUUACAUGUUUUGAUGUCAUAUCAGUCGGUGAUUAUGACAAACGUUAUUUGCAACUAAUGAAAGUAAAUAGCAGUGAUGAAUCAGCCAUGAAUGCAUCGUCAAUUGCUCCGAUUGAUGAUGCUGCAUCUGUAUCGACAUUAAACUCGACUAAUGAUGAACAACAAUCGCGUCUAAUCAUUCAAUAUCACUUUACACAAUGGAAAGAUAUGGAUGUACCAAGUGAUUCACAUUCAUUGCUUCAUCUAAUACAUGAAGUCAAUGAGCAAACACCUCCUGAACAAUAUCCGAUUGUCGUUCAUUGCACUGCUGGUGUUGGCCGAACAGGCACUUAUAUUGCCAUUGAUGCCAUGAUUGACAAAAUUGCACAAGAAGGAAAAAUUGACAUCUAUGAUUUUGUAUUACAAAUGCGCCGUGAACGUAGCUUAAUGGUUCAAACAGUGAGACAAUACGUGUUUAUAUAUCGAUCGUUACUCGAAUACUAUUUAUAUGGAAGUACAAGAAUAGAAGCGAAUUUGUUCCGCUCAACAUAUUCCAAUUUGAAAAAGAAUAAGCAAAAUCUACUCAUUGCUGAAUAUAAAAAAUUAUCUUUGUUACCAGUGGAAAAUAUCUCCCAACGUGACGCACAUUCCUCCGACAAUAUCGACAAAAACCGACAUCCUCAAAUAGUACCUUACGAUCGCAAUCGUGUAUGUUUGAGUCGAAUACUUGGACAUCCGUAUAUCAAUGCAUCAUUUGUUGAAGGUUAUACCCAUCAAUGUUCAUUUAUUAUCACACAAGAUCCAUUAUUAGAAACUGUUCAUGAGUUUUGGCGAAUGUUUAUUGAACAUGAUUCUAAUUGUAUUGUACAAUUACAUACAGUCAGUGAGUCAUCUCCGAAAUGUCCGAUUUAUUACCCAAAUGAUUUUGAUACAACAAUGAAAAUUGGCUCGACAACGCUCUUAAAAUUAGUCCACAAAGAGUUCAUUCAAGAAAAAUUCAUCAUUAGAGAAUUUUGUUUAACAGACACACGUGAAGCGAUGUCAAAAAGCAUCUUUCACUUCGAAUAUCUUCUUCCUAUUAGUACCAAUGAUGAGCACGAGAAUGCACAAUGUAUUCCAGCGAUUCUAUCCAAUAGUUUAUUCGACUUUAUCGGUCACAUCAAUAAACGACGACACACAACGAAUCAUCAUCGGUAUAUCACUGUUCAUUGCGGAAAUGGUGGUCCGGCCUGUUCAUUGUUUUGUAUGUGUGUGAUGUUAUUGGAUCAGCUGAAAAAUGAACAUGCGGUUGAUAUAUUUCAACGAGUGCGUGCACUACAACGACAACGCGUAUCAAUGAUAACAUCGCUUGCUCAAUACGAAUUUCUUUAUGAGAUGAUUUCGAAAUUCUUGGAAGAAUCCUUUGAUCUCGCUGCUGCUAAAUCGUCUCCGUCAUUAAACAACAGUGUGUACGAUAACAAUGUCAUUGAAACAGAAGAAGCCACACAAGAUCGUCUUUAA